AUGGCCCCUCCCGCUCACCCGCGCACCUCCCUCGUGCACACCCUCUCUAUUCCACACUCACCCUGGAAAGUCCGUCUCCACGCACUUAUAAUAGGGGCUGGUCUCCGUCGCAACGGUGCGAUACUCAAAGUAGUCGCGGAAGUAAUUCGAGAGGCCCGGUCACGCUCCAUCCUAUUUUUGCUGGACGUCGAUGGGCUGCUGAUUGGAACGGAAGACACGGGCGUCGUCAAAGGACACAAGAACUGCAUUCUCACGUCGAAUGUGGUUGAAUAUGGCCGACUAGCUAAAGCCCUGGGUAUCGAUGUCACUAGUCCUGCUGAAGAUAAUGCGAACGAUGCGCAGAGCUUAGAGGAGGUUCAGGCAGAGCCCAGUUCUGAGGGUAAGCGCAUAUCUCCGGCGACCACGCUGCUGUUGACUACUUGGGCUGGAAAUAGUAUUAUGCGCGAGUGCUCUCGGUGGUCUUUUAAGGCUACAGGGCGAAGUAUGCAAGCCAGUGAUCUGACUGGUGAAGUCCCUGGAACAUUUUUGAAGCUGAUUGGCGAGCCGGAGGAAACCAAAACAAGUCUCUAG